AGAGCCCAUCUCUUCGCGGGCCUUUUCUGACUUCCCUGUGCCGAACCCAGAUGUCAGCUGGCAGAAGUCUACAAGAUUCGCGAGGACGUCAUUGUUCUGUUGCACUCCCAAAAAGCCCCGGCAUCACCUUCCCGAGGAACUGUCAACGCUACGUGUACAGCAAAUAGUCCAUCUUUAUCAAAUAACAUCGCUUUUCUGUUCGUCGCCUUCAGUGAACUCCUUUGCAUCUGAGCGCAUCACGAAACGAAGGUCACCGUGCGCCAUCCAGCUGCUCAACGAAACAUGAAUGAUAGCGAGCCUGAUUUGGCGAGACCGCUAUACAGAGAGCAGUCGCACAGCUUCAUCGACAUGCAUGAUGAGCACGAACAGAUUCAGCCGGGAGAUGAUCUAGAACAGCUGCGCAACGACAGAUCCAUGGUUCCCAGACUCGAGGUUGAUGGAUCACAUCCCGUGGACGUAGUCGUCCCUCAGACGGCACAAGAUGUUGACAGACAAGACAGAGAAAGAGCGCGCGCCUCGGACAAUGUGCAUACGCAAGAGUUGUACUCCGACUCGCGAGCACGAGCGGAUCUGCCCAGUAACCUCAAGUACCUGGAUCUUGCUUCAAAGUCAGCCGAAUCGCUCGAUAGGGACGAGCAAGAUGCCUUGCAGACGCUGAUUCAGCAAGGUUUCAAUCUGACUGAAGCUGAGCAACUUGUCGCAGCGCAUCCAGCAUGGCUCCUGAAAAGCGUCAUGAUUCAAGGUUAUCUUUUCGUCAUGAAGAGCUUCCUCUGCUUCUACGCUUAUAUGCCUCGACAUGAUGAUAUUACAGUCAAAUCUGGCUCGCUUGUCAAGCGGUCGCGCACAUCGAACCGCCAGCACAGGCACUGGUUCAUCUUGAAGAAUGAUGUUUUGUCUUACUAUGAACAGCCAGAUGCGCUGUACUUUCCAAGUGGCAGCAUCGAUUUGCGCUAUGCAGAGCGCGUUGUUCCAGACGUGGAGAACAGUGGAGACGGCUACUUUGGUAUGAAGCUUGUUACAAGCCAUCGCACCUACUACCUUCGGGCGGACACAGCGUCAGCUGUCAGUGAAUGGGUCAAAAUCAUACAAAAAGUCAUCUUUCGACUCAAGAACCAAGGCGACUGCGUUAAAAUCAAAAUUCCGCUUGCUUGUAUCACAGAUGUGGAGGAGAGCGACAUUGUUGAAUUUGCACGGACGCUCAAAGUCAAAGCUGCAGAUGACGACGAAACGUACGCCGUGAAUGAGUACCUCUUCCCGCUCUUCUCUAAUGCGUCCGACAUUAUUGCGCAAGUCAAGUCUCAAUUACAGGGCCGCGCUCCCUCGACCAGUGCAGUCUCCAAUAUAAGCGAUACGAGUCGAGACGCGCCGAUCUAUGAGCGGCCAAAGAUAUAUGAGCAGCUCGCGACACAGAUGAAGGAUGGCGAGGCACCCAAUAUCGAGACGUACGCUACGGCUCUUGUUGAGCAGCACAAGAAAGAGGAAGGCAUCUUACCUUCCUUGCCCAUCCUUCACUCCGGUCAUGCUGAUGAUGACGAUUUUGACGAUGUCCAGAGCACUGCGCCGGAAGGUUCAGCGCUUAAUUUGCCUGCAAUCGGUAGUCGAAUCAAGACUGUGGCGAAAACUGCAGGUCACGUCGUCACUGGUGGUGUCUUUGCGAGUAAAGAUGAACCGAUGGGCGAAGCGGAUCAACAAGCAAACGAGACAUACCGCCUCAAGUUUGGUCUACGAGACGAUACGCGCCUGUUGCGAACGUUCCAGGCAUUCUACAUGAAAGUACUACCGAGUCCUGGCGAGUUGUCGAUUGGUGAGAACCACAUCUGUUACGAUGCACACACACCUGCCUACAAAGUGCGAGUCAAGUUGCCACUCGAAGACAUCGAGACGGUCAAGAAGGAGAAGGGUUUCAAGUUUGCAUUUUCUGGUAUUGUCAUCAACAUUCGAGCACAUGAACCCAUGUUUUUUGAGUUUUCAUCAUCAAGCGAGCGGGACAGAUGUUUGGAUUUCAUUGAGGGAGCCCGAGACAAUUUGGAGAACGUCAAGGAACGGCAACGGCCCAAGAUUGAAGAAAUUGCAAAGCAACAGAAGUUGGCCAAGGAAGAACACGAUGCUAUUGAAAAUGCAUUCAAAAAGGCAGGCUACAAGCAUGACCAGGCUUCACCGCCACUGGAAAAUGUGGUGGACGUACCAGGGCUGGUCUUUGAUACACCGAAUGCUUCCAUGGUCGCCUUCAAGCCAGCCAAGCAGUUGCGGUUUACAUGCCUGACAAUUGGUUCUCGCGGCGAUGUACAACCCUACGUGGCCUUGUGCAAAGGUCUGAUUGCCGAUGGUCAAAAAGCCAAGAUUGCAACGCAUGAAGAGUUUCGCGACUUUGUUGAGUCGCAUGGUAUUGAAUUUGAGCCCAUUGAUGGGAACCCUGCCGAGUUGAUGGCGAUUUGCGUCGAGCAUGGGAUGUUCACCUACAGUUUCUUGAAGGAGGCGACAUCAAAAUUCCGGGGCUGGAUUGACGACUUGCUUAAAAGCUCUUGGAAGGCUUGUCAGAAUACAGAUGUCUUGAUUGAAUCACCGAGCGCUAUGGGUGGCAUCCACAUUGCUGAGGCGCUCGGUAUACCUUACUUUCGCGCCUUCACCAUGCCCUGGUCCAAAACGCGCGUCUAUCCACAAGCGUUUGCUGUCCCCAGCAGCGAAAAGGGUGGAGCCUACAACACAUUCACGUACAGCGCAUUCGAUACGCUCUUUUGGAAGGGUAUCUCAGGGCAGGUUAAUCGAUGGCGGAAAAAGUCCCUCAAUUUGUCAAGUACAUCAUUCGAUAAGCUCGCUCAGCACAAGGUUCCCUUUCUGUACAAUUUCUCGCCGUCUGUUGUGCCACCUGCCAUGGAUUGGCCAGAGUGGAUCAAAGUGACUGGUUACUGGUUCCUAGAAGGUUCAGAUGACAAGGAUAACAAGAAAUGGGAAGCGCCGCAGGACGUGGCGGAUUUCAUUAAAAAGGCAAGGAGUGACAAGAAGAAGUUGGUGUAUAUUGGAUUUGGCUCCAUUGUCGUGUCUGACCCGAAGGCUUUGACAAAAGCUGUGGUGGAAGCUGUGAAGAAGUCUGGAGUACGCUGCAUUUUGUCGAAAGGCUGGUCCGAUCGCGGCAGCAAGAAGGACGAUGAUGACGAGGAAGAAGAUGAGCGGACCGAGAAGGAGAAGGAGGAGGAAAAGCGGAAACAGAAGGAAGAGGAGAACAAAGAGUUUGGCGACUCCAUCCUGUCUGUUGAUUCAAUUCCACACGACUGGCUCUUUCCGCAACUCGACUGCGCAUGCCACCAUGGUGGUGCUGGUUCCUUGGGUGCGAGUCUACGUGCUGGUAUACCUACCAUUGUCAAGCCUUUCUUUGGCGACCAGUACUUCUUUGGUGGUCGUGUACAAGAUCUCGGUGUGGGCCAAUGCCUUAAGAAGCUGACUGCAAAGUCACUGUCUGAGGCGCUCAAGUUUUGCACGACGGAUGAGCUGACCAUUCAAAAAGCUGAUAAGAUUGGUGAACAGAUUCGGAGUGAGCGUGGCGUGGAUAAUGCCAUUGAGAACAUCUAUCGGGAUAUGGAGUAUGCGCGGUCGCUCAUCAAGGAUCCAAGUCGAGCACAGCCUGGGUCUGCUGACAGCGAUGGCUCUUACCAGAUGGUUGAGCAUGAUGAUGGCGAUUCUGAGGAAGAUGAUGAUGAGUUGUUUGAGAAGUCUACUGACGAUACGGGCAAGGUGGUGACUUCGCUCAGGAAGUUGAAGGAUCUGCGGCUGCCGAAUCCGUUGGGCGAUCGUUCUGGCUCGUAUGGCUUGAGCAGCAUCAAGGCGUUCAAGCAAAAAGCCAGCAAUUUCAAGCUGAGCAGGCACUGAGCUAUGAGAUGGAAGGCUACAGUAGAGGAGUAGACACAAUCACGCAAAUCAGCUUCCAAAAUGUGUAGAGUACUCGGUCGCGGACCCCACCUCGUCGGUCGAAGAAUCCAGGGUUCCCCAAAAUGCGUCGUGCCCCGCCGUCAAUUAAUUGCUUGCCCUACCCGUCCUUUCUGCAAUAUGAUUGAGCUUGGCAGGGCUGUAGCCUGUAGUCCCGUAGAGCCCAGGACCUG